AUGAUUUCGGACGCAGAUGAAGCGCAACUCCGGGAGAUGCUUUUACAUCAAGUUAUUCUUAAUCGUAAACGAAACACUGAAAGUGCUGGACAGAGUAGUAGUGCUUCGGUCUACGAUGGACGUGCCAAUGAUGGAGUUAUGCAUACAAAUACUUCUGAGUGUGGUGAUGAGGAAGAAAUCGCUGAUGUUAAAAAUAUACCACUCCAAACAACUGACGAGAAUAGCCAGGUGCAGCAGGAACAGGAAACAUCAAACUCAGCUUCCUUCGAAGGGUGUAGUGGGACAUGUCGGUCUGUUUCUGGUGAGCCGCCCAACAAAAGGCGAAAGAUAGAUGAUCUCUCGCAGAACGCUGGUAAUGAUGCAUCGUUAGUUGUCCCACCAGCUCCUAGUUUAAUGGAACUAAAUAAUUUGCUCAAGGAUAAGCAGUCAGAACUGGGUGAAUUGGACUCUGAAAUAUCAGUAAGGAUGACUUGUCUGGAUGAGUCGCUGCAACGUAGGGUGGAAUUGAAGAAUCAACUUGCUGAGUUAGAAGCAGACAUUGAAGCUGGACGAGCUCAGUGUCGUGUUCUUAUGCGGCGUAGGAAUGUGAUCAGACGGACAGUGGAGCGAUACGAGGAGCAAAGGCUUGAUCAGUUGCUGGCUAGUGAAUGGGACGACGAAGAUGCGAGAAGAAGCCAACAAAGUGAACGAACCAGUAAAUCGGUUGAAAGCAUUCUACGCACCCCAUCCACAGCUUCAUUUCUUGAUUUGCGUGAGGAACUGCCCGAAUCUUCCGAUUGCAAUGAGGAACGAAAAAUUCGAUUGAAACUCCUAUCUCGUAUGAGAAGGGGAGACACUUCAUCCGUAAACUCUGGUCAAGACGAGAAUAAUCGAGACAGUCCACCCGUUAGUGCUGAAGAGUCCUGUGAUCAGUCAACGCAAACAGCCACGUCUAGUACAGUAGAUGUGUCAGAUAAAGCGGAACCAUUGUAUAGGUCCCCUAAUUUCCCACAACGUCUGAAGCGUUUCGUCGGUAUAUCCCCAGACUUGAAUGCCGAAGCAGCCGAUUGUCCAAAUGAAAUGAAGGGGGAUAAAUGUACAGAUGUCUUAUGCGAGUCAAAUCAUCUAAAGGAUGGAGAAUUAACAACGACAGAUGUGCUCAGCAUGAUGAUCGGGUACUUGCCUGGGCUUGUGGAUUCCAUCGAUGACCAGAAUCGAAUGAGUUCGCGUUUUUCUUCGUCUCUUUUCUUUGCAUCUUGGCAUCCCUCUUCUUUUCUCGUGCCCCAGAUAUUGAUGUCAAUGGUUGAUAUUUUGCUGUGCUCACAUUUCAUGUUCUUAAAUGAGUUUUAG